AUGGUUGACCGGGGCCCAGAUAGGUAUGGAUGGUCUACUAACGGAGAGCUCAAUCAUGCUUUCUCAUCCGCCAAGACAUGGGAAGUGAUACGUCCGCGUGCUCCCCAAGUUUUCGCAAAUCACAUCUGGUUCAGUGGAGCAACGCCCAAGCAUGCUUUCCAUAUGUGGGUCACAAAUCUGAAUAGGCUCCCAACCCGCUCUGGCCUCGCGGCUUGGGGUAUGCAAAUUCAGACUUCGUGUUGCAUCUGUUCUACUCAGCCGGAAACUAGGGACCAUCUAAUGCUCUCUUGUUCGUAUGCUGAGGUCCUUUGGUCUGAAUCUCGCCGCAGAUUCAGAGACACGGUCCCAGUCUUCACCAACUGGCCCGAGCUCGUGCUGUGGACAUCGUCGUCUUCUAAUGCUGCGCCAUCACACCUGCGUAUGAUGGUAGUUCAAGCAUUGUUUUACAACAUCUGGAAGCAAAGAAACAACAUGCUACACAAUCAAGCUUUAGUCCCCCCUACAGCAACAUUCCGGGAAAUUGAUCGACAUAUCAUCAGUUCUAUUUAUGCUUUUCGAAAGCGUAAGAAGUUCACCAACUUAAUGGCAAGAUGGCUCAUCUGA